AUGGCGUCCGGCAGCACCACGGCCGGGCCGCACGCGGCACCCGGCGCCGCACGCUCGCUGCCGCCUGUCGCACCACCCAGGCUGCGCUCAAAGACGGACGGGAAAGAUGAUUGGCAGCCAGGCGAGGGGCGCCGCGUGAUUGGUCGGAUUCCCGGAGAGCAUCACGGGAUAGGUGCCCAGCGCCCCUGCCCAGCGCCGCCGCGGGGGCUGCCCCCGACUCGCACCCCGGGGGGGGGCCCAGCGGGGGCCCAGAGGCCUCCAGCGCCGCAGAAGUGGCUGGAUGCAUCGCGCCGUGGAGCAGCUGGGGGCCGGGCCGGACGGGACCCCUUCGCCGUGGGGAGCCUGGGCUGCAGUGCCUGGGCCGCCUGCCCCCCCCGCCCAUGGCUGCCCGGGAACAGGUGUUCUUCCAGCAUCGGCCAGGCCCAGCUGCCCCCCCACCUGGCGCCCCCCCCCAGCGGUAAUGGCGCCCACGCCAACAAGCCCUACUUCCCGCGGGGUAAGGCAGCCCCGCGGCCCCCCCCCGGCAAGCUGGAGUGCAUCCACGGGUGCGUGCAGGCGCUGCUGCGGGACCAGGCGCAGCCGCAGCUCUGGGAGCAGCUGGGGCAGAUCUACGAGUCGGAGCAGGACGUGGAGGAGGCGCUGCGCUGCUACCACCGCGCCGCCCGCUGCCACCGCGAGCACGGCCCCUUCGGGGACGUCAGCGCCCGCAUCGGGCGCCUGCAGCAGGCCCAGCUCUGGAGUUUCCACUCGGGUCCGGCCCCCCCCCGGGCCAAGACGCUGCCGCCCCUGCAGCAAGUGUGGAACCUGCUGCACCUCGAGGGGGGGCCGGGCGCCGGGGGGCAGCACCCGCCGGGGCCCCCCCCCCUACGCGCUGCCCAAGCCGGCGCCCUGGAGCCCGGGGCAGGGGGAGGCCUGGCCGCCCGAGCGCAGGAAGGAACGGCGCCCCCCCCGACAGACAG